GGCGGCAGAUUUUAUCGGAGUACAACAUGUAGCUAAUGCCAACUUUAUGACAAGUGUGUGUCAAAAUGAUAGGUUUUUGAUGUUAGGUUGAGUUAAAACUUAUUCAAAAUUUCAGGCUAUGGUUAAAAAUGAGUGGUCAAAACGGGACGGUAGUCAACACCAAUCCCGCGGACGAAACAGCUCAAAGCGAAAGUGAAUUGGAAAAACAACCGUUUUCAUCAACCGAAAACGAACAGGCCUUCAGAGGUCCAAAAUUUUCUCCACCUGUUUACCGUCGUCGAUAUGCUGCUGUUUGUGAGCUAGCAAAGGAGCAUCAAGCAAGAAAGGUAAUGUCCAAGUUUGGUAAAAAAAACUGCUAACUUAUCAGCUAGGAUCAGCUAGGAGAAAAACAGUCAGUCCUUGGACUGCGGACUACGGAUUACGGAGCACGGAGUACGGACCGGGUAUAAAAUUAAUGCAAGCUCACUUAGAAUUAAAAAUGACCAACGUUGGAGAAGAGAUUGCAUGACAAGUCAAAGGAAUUUUUUUUGUGUAUUAGGCCAGGACUAUUGUUUUAUGCUAGUUUGCAAUCUCUCGCCUUUAAUCCACAGUUCACAGCUGUAGGCUAUAUUUUAUACUAUCUGGUGUAGUUGUGAUUUCAGGGGUAUGGAAAUCGGGUUCUAUUGGGGUAUCUAUUUUAGAGACAUUUUCUAGGAAAAGGUACAACAUGGACAAAAGCUUCACAACCUUAGCAGUCGGCAAAAUAAGUUUUAAAACAGGGUUUAAAAACUGGACACAAUUUAUCUCUUGCAUGAGAUAUCAAUAUAUUUCAGUGUGAAUUCCUUCAAAAAUCAUGGUCGAAAUUUGGAGCUCUGCGCAGCACACACCCACUCAGCUGAGAACCUUUCUGUGAUACCACAGGAACAUGUAUCAAAAGCAUGAAGAGUUUGUAGAUAUUUGGUAAAAGGAAAUCUGGUUUCUUCUUUUGUGUGGCAUUAAGAACCAGAUAAAAGGAAUUAAAGAAAAAGGAUUUUUAGCAUUUAAAAGCAUGAGAUGUGAGCUAAGCUAAGCUUAUUUUUUUAAUAACUGUUUUGUUAAAAAUGCUCCUCUAUUUACUAUUUUUUCUAGACCUGGUUGACUUUUCACCCGGGGGUAUUGCCAUAUAUGGGCUAUAUAGGUAUGUGCCGCUGUGAAGGGUAUGGUUUUCAAGCAGUUUGCUCUAGGAUAGGGUAUAUAAAUCAGAGCGUUAGAGUCUAGAAUAGGGUAUCAUUUUUUAGGAAACUGAUCAGUUGGUUGAAGAUUUCAUGUAGACUAGGGAAACAGCUACUCUAGGAUAUGGGGAUUUGGGGAGUUUACUCUGGUAUAGGGUAGCAAAAUUCAGCUGAAGUAGCUCUGGUAUAGGUUAAGGGUUCCAGGGUCCCAGCGGCACAUCUCCACCCAGAAAUUCCUAAAGUACCCCCGGGACUUUUUAAGGUAUAAUAAAAUUAUCAUUAUUAAUAAUAUUCUUAUCUUAGGUCCUUGACUUUGGGUGUGCUGAAGCAAAACUUGUAAAGGCUUUAAUAAAUCAAGAGUCAUUAACUCAUUUGGAAGAAGUGGUUGGUAUAGAUAUCAACAGAGAUCUUCUUGAGGAGAAUAAAUUUCGCAUUAAGCCUCUCCUAGGGGAUUACCUGAGACCUCGUACUCAUCCAUUUAAAGUUUCUCUUUAUCAGGGUAAGUAUAGUUGUCAAUUUAUAGCUCCUUUGAAAAUCCAUGUCAUUAACAUUUUAGCAAAGUAAGCAGUGUAUGGCCUUCAACAAGCAGACAACCAUUUUCCAUUGUCUAGACACAGGGUUAUACAGGGGCAACCUUGUUACCAGGUUCUCUCUCCCAUGGGAACAAGAUUGAUACAGGGGAAAUUUCAUGUUAGAAAGAUUAAAACAGAUUGGCCCAUAUUAUGUUAAUGUCAUUUCCUUGGUCUAUUUUAUACUCCCAGAGAACAUUGCUCUUUUAACAAUGGGCUGGUGAGAAAUCACUCAGUUACAUUAUCUGAAGGUAAUUUAGAUUUUGUCUGGAUAUAAACAUUUGAUUAGUUAUUUAGCACUUUUGGCUAUGUUGCCAUGUCAUUUGUAAAGAUUAUGAAUUUUUUCGUUGAAACCUAUACCUUUGUUAGUAUGACACUGUUAUGAACCAAUUUCAUCAUGGAAUCUUUAUCAAGUGAUUGAAUUGGAUGCAAAAAUUAAAGUUUAUUAUAAUGACCAGGCCUUGGCCCCUAACUGCUUUUGAUGAUAUAAUUGGGGUUAAGUUACCCUGCUAGCAGAGUCGUUUCGAUCUUUCCUAGAUAAGUCUGGAAGAUCGAAGAAGACUCUGUUCGCAGGGUAGGGUUAACUGCACAAAUUAAUAAAUACCAUUAUUAUUGCUAAUAUAUCAGCAAAGUAAUUAUUAUUGACUUAUUAAUAUGGCAUGUUUUUUAGGUUCUAUAGCUGAAGUGGAUGGAAGAUUUGUUGACUUUGACUUAAUUGCUUGUGUUGAACUGUAAGUUGCCAUAAUAUAGAGUAUUUUCUAUGUUCAGACAAGGCUAAUAAUUGGCAAUGAUUUAAUUUGUGAAUGAAUCAAAAUCAACCUGUCCUCAUAGGGGUUCAGGUACACGAAUCAUGGAUUGGAUCAUCCCCUUUAACCCCAUCCCUAUAACCUACUGUGUCUUUCCAUGAGUUACAGUACUUGGCUCAAUCCAGGUUUUGUAGACACCAAUCUAAGCGUUGAGUGAAUUUAAUAUUGCAUUGGCCUGGACAAAAAAUCGUAGGCAAGAAUUGUAUGGUUUGUGCAUGUAGCAUUCUUUUAUAAGCAGUUUUAACUGUCAUUUGAAUUUUCCAACCUAUUUGCCUCCUAACAGAAUAGAGCAUCUUGAACCUGAUAUUCUUAGUUCAAUGCCAGAGGUUGUGUUUGGCCACUUGUCACCCAAGGUUGUUAUAGUGACCACACCGAACGUGGAGUUCAAUGUAUUGUUCCCCGGUCUCAAAGGAUUCCGACAUUAUGAUCACAAGUUUGAAUGGACAAGAGCUGAAUUUGAGGAAUGGUUAGUUCCUGGUCUUGUGCAUGUGAAUACUGGUAAUUUUAAGGGCUAAUCGUUUAAGUAUGAGCAUUGAAAGCUGAAAGUAGAUAUUGGAGUGCCAUUUUAAAUUUAUAAUAGUACAUUCACUAUUAGCCUUCUUCUACUAUUUGUCUAAUGAAUUUGACCUGUUUUAGGUUACUUGGUAGCUACAAUACUCCUCACUAUUUUGUUGAAACAGCUGUCAUGUUACUCCCUUCCCAAUGAUGAUUCAUGUAUAACCUAUUUGCAAACAUAUGCAAAUCUCAACAUUGGGGUAGGAGAGAAGAAGACAUAGUACACUCGGGGAAAAAUAAAAUAAGUUGGUUGACUAGGUGUGGCAUGAACAAACUUCUGUUUCAGUCUGGUGUUUUAACGAAAUUUGAUGAGUUAUGUAGCAUUGAAGAGGCACAAGGGGAGGGUGUUCUUAACCUCCACCAACAACUGAUUUUACGUAUAAGAUAUUGGACUCAAACAACAUUAUAUUUAUUUAAUACCAAUCUCAUUCUUUUGGAGAGUGGGAGACUGCUAAAAAUGCCUUGUAAUAAAUAAAACCUGUUUGGACUUUGUAGGUGCAGUUCCCAGGCCAGCCAGUACAACUAUACUGUGAGUUUUGACGGCAUUGCACCUGGACCACAGGGUACAGAACAUUUAGGGUGUUGCUCACAGGUUGCAGUGUUUAAGAGGAUUUCAUCAUCCGUUUCUCCAGAAAAGUUAUUGCAAACUUGCCAGCCUUAUAAUCUGGUACUUCAUGUUUUUAUUUGCCUUGAGUUCUAUAUUAUUUUUUAUAUUGUUACUGCAUGGUUGUAUUUAUUGCAAUGUAAAUAUCAUUAUGGAGUACUGAGUGAUUUCUUAAUUUGUGUGUGGUAUGACAAUAAAUUUUUAACUGCUCUGUGUUCAUCUACCUUGCUAAGAGAGGAUUCUUUUUGUCAUGGUUUUUAGCCUUUAUAAGGUGACAUUCAGCGCUAAAGACUUUGAGAAGGCUAAAAACCAUGCCGGAAAGAAGCUUGUGCUACCGGUAGUGUUUAUCAAAAGAAAAUUAUUGUCUUCCCUUGUGUGGAGGAUUUAAUUUAUUGAAACUUGAGACAUUGACUACGGGGAUAUGUUUUAACUUGUACAUCAUGACUUUGCGUACAAUUUUCCAGUUAUCACAAAUUUUCAUCUCAAUAGGUUGCAGAGGUUGAGUACCCUUUUAAAAGGGACACAAGAACAGAGAAAGAAAAGAUUUUGCAUGAGGUGGAAUAUGUGUUGUGGAUAUUAUCUUCUAAAGAGGAGGAGGCGGAGGAGGGUGAUGAUGAGUCAACACCCAGCGAUGAGGAUGUAAUUGAGCUGACUUCUAAUGAUGAAGGUAACAAUGAACUGACAUCCAGCAAUGAUGGUGAUGAUAAGCCAACACUCAGUGAUGAUGGAGUAAUUAAGAUGACUCCCAACGACGAACAUAAUAACAAACUGACACCCAAUAAUGAUGGUAAUGAUGAACAAACAGCAUAUCGCGAUGGUGUAAUUGAAUGGACUCUUAAUGAUGAAGAUAACAAUGAACUGACACCCAGCAAUAGUGGUGAUGAUCAACCAACACCCAGUGAACAUAAUGAUAAUGAACUUUCAUCAAGCAGUGGUCACAGUGAUAAGCAGUCACCAAAAGAUGAUAAUGAUGUAAUGGCAGAGGAACUUCAAGGUUUCAGUGAUUAUUCAAAGAGCAUAGAUGGUGUUGAAGAACGAAUAUACUCACUUGAGAAACUGCUAGCCUUUCCAUCACUUCAUAAGUUGUGUGGUGACGACAUUCAGAAGCUCAGGUAGGUGGAUCAAAAAUAACUUACGUAGAAUAGUUGUACUGUGGUAGUCAAUGGUCCAAAGGAGUGGUUCCAGAAAAAAAAAAUACUUCCACACCCCUCCAUGGAAUUUUCAUUUCCAGACGUUGUAAAGUGAACUCCCCUUGCCAAUGGAAUUAUUCAUAUAACUAAUUUUGUGAAGAAAGUGCUAAAUAAGUGGUGAAAAAGUCUUAGCUUUCCAAAAAAAUUAUUUACUUGAUAGUUGUGUUUAUAAUGGCCUAUACAGGGAAGCUCUGCUCGAAAAGGUUAUCUUCUUCUUCAGGCUUCAGGUAUAUGAAAGGUAUAGGGAUUUCACUAGUUCAAGUAUACGAAAGGAUAAAAAUCUGUCAUUUCAGUCAGUAAAAAGACCCACAAGGCCUAACAGAUGCUUUUAUUUUAUGGCUGUGAAGAAGUUGAGAAAAGGUUCUGGUUUUGUGAUUUAUUCGUAUUUUUAAGGACAGUGCAUUUACAGCAGUUAGGUAUUUUUAGGUAUUUUUAUUUAUUUGCCACACAAUUACAUUACUUAAAGAUGCCAAAAGAAAAAAAAAAAAAUGUAGGAAGAGAUGGCGAGGAGGCCUAAAAGAAACUAUAGAGCUUAUGUGAAUUAGGCCUCCUCAAUUACAAUUUUUCGAAGAUGGCAUAAAAAUUACGGCGACGGGUACAGUAUAAUAUCAGGUGAAAAAUUAAACUAAUCAAUAUUACGGAAGUUUACAUGUACAAAUGUUGAAUAUUAAAAGGCUUUUUCCCAAGAUUUUUGUUGAAGUAUACUAAUAAUUAUUACAAAUAAAUGCCUUAAGUGCUCUUUUAAAGGAGAAAGGUGAGGAAGCGUUGAUGAUGUUGGUGUUUAAGGUGUUGUAAAAUUUAGGUCCUUGAUAAAAAACGGAAAAUUGCUUGGUUCGAGUACGACAGAAAGGCAGACGAAAUUUACACGAGUUUCUUGUAUUAUACGAAUGAAUUUGACUUUGUAAGGUAAAUUUACAAUGAAAUUUUAAAGGUAGAGUAUGGUUUUGAUAGGAGUACAUGAAUAAGCAUAGUUGUAUUAAGUAUAUAUCAUGAAAUUUUAAGAUACCAAGAUUUUGAAAGAUUGGAUCAGUAUGUGCAUCGAAAGUGGUUUUAGCUAUAGUUCUGAUCACUCGUUUCUGUAAAAUCUCAAGACGAAUAAGGUUAGUUCUGUAAGUAGAGGCCCAAACUAAGUUGCAGUAAAAAGGUAUGGAUAGACUAGAGAAAAAUAUAGUGUUCGUAAGGUUUUCGUGGAUAAAUAGAAACUGGAUUUACGAAUAAUUCCUGUGCAUUUAGAAACUUUAUUGGCGACAUGUGAGAUUUCAGAUUUCCAAUUUAAAUUUUCGUCCAUGAUUACUCCCAGGAAAACUGUUUCUUUUACUUGAUCAAUUUUUUGACUAUUAAUUAAAAGUUGAAUAGUUUGAUUUGUAUGCUUUUGGGAUGGUUUAAAUGCAAUGAAUUUGGUUUUUUUCAAGUUUAAUGAAAGCCUGUUAGCUCUAAACCAUAUUGACAACUUAUUUAGUUCAGCGUUCAGUAUAUUAGUAAGGCAGUCUUUAUCCUUGUGAGACACAAAUACGUUUGUAUCAUCGGCAAAUAGUAUCAGUUGUAAUAUUGUUGACGUGUUGAUUAUAUCGUUGAUGUAGAGUAGAAAAAACAAAGGCCCUAGUAUUGAACCUUGGGGAACGCCACACAUGAUAUUAGCACGAUACGAAACAUAACCAUUGUAUUCUACAAAUUGAAGUCUGUUGGAAAAAUAGUUCUUAAUCCAUUUCAGAGCCAAGCCACGUAUACCAUAGUGUUCAAGUUUAUCAAAUAAGAUGGAAUGAUUAACUGUAUCGAAAGCUUUCGAGAGAUCUAAAAAAGACACCAACCGCUAAUUCACCACGAUCAAUAGCAGAUGAAAUUUUUUCAUGCAAAUCAAUCAAGGCAAGCGUCGUAGAGUGGUUUUUCCUGAAGCCGAACUGGUUAUCACAGAGAAUAUGUAAAUUAGUUAAAUAAUCAUACAAACGAUUAUAGAUGAUUCUCUCUAGAAAUUUUGAAAAGCUUGGUAGAACCGAGACAGGCCUAUAGUUAGUGAAUAGUGACUGGUCAUCAGCUUUAAACAGAGGUACCACACGAGCUAUUUUCAUUUGAUCUGGUACAAUGCCAUGAGCGAUCGAUAAAUUCAUAAUGUGAGCCAGAGGUCCCGAAAUGAUUUGAAUGGAUUCCUUAAUUAUAGACAUUGGAAUAUUAUCAUAUCCAGCCGCUUUCCGGAAGCAAAAGAUUGAGCAAUGGUAAUAAUUUCAUCCUCUGUUGUUGGGCUAAAAAGAUUGAUUCUCGAAAUGAUCCAGAUAGAAAAUCUUUAUGUGAACAAGGAGGAGGCUGUAUCUUCUUUGCGAGGUUGGGACCAAUACUAGAGAAGUAGCUGCAAAACCUAUCUGCUACUUCCACUGGAUCAGAAAUCUCCUGACCGUCUGACUUAAAUAUUGUAUUUAAUUGAGGCCUCGAAUUUUUUCUAUUUAAGACUUCGUUUAAAAUUUUCCAGGUCGCAUGUGUAUUUGAUUUAGCAUCUUCCAAUUUCUUUUCAUAAUACCGACGCUUAGCCAAACGCAAGGUGUGAUUCAAUUUGUUCUUGUAUCUUUUGUAGAGUGAACAAUUGUCGACUGUUGGAACUUGAAGAUAUUUUUUGUAAAGUUUAUUCUUUGUUUUAAUUGAUUUAAGAAGAGCUUUAACCCACGGUUUUUUAAAGCGCCUCUGCUUUCUAGUCGCCUUCUUGAGAGGGAAGCAAUCGUUAUAAAUCUUUGUAUACAUUUCAUGAAAGCAUUUGUACGCAAUAUCUGGCUCAUCACAAGUUUUAAUCGAAGACCAAUCAACAGCUUCUAGUUUUUCAACAAAAGUAGGAAUAUUAUUCGGAUUCUUAUCUCUAAUAAAGAAGGGGUCUUGUCGACAUCGAUUUACCGGCGUGUUAACGUUAUCUGAAUGAAUUGAGAAGACGGGUAGAUGAUCUGAAAUGUCAGUAAAUAAUAAGCCGCUUCUCGAACGUUCAAAAAGUUGUUCGCAAAAAAUUUAUCUAUUAACGUAGCAGUAUGUGAAGUAAUUCUCGAGGGACGCGUAAUCAAAGGAAAAAACAUAUUAGAGUACAUUCCAUCUAGGAAUUGGCCUGUGAGGUGAUGAUUUUGGUAGUUAAUUAAAUUAAUAUUAAAGUCCCCCAUUAGGAAGCAUAUUUUGUUUUCUUUAGAGAUAUUACCUAACAACUCAUUGUUUGUAGACAAGAAAUCGUCGAGUCUAUGAUUUGGCGGUCUGUAAACAAUACCAACAAUUAUAUUUUUUUCUCGAGGUCUUAUUAAUUCAAUGAACAGUGAUUCUACAGUAUCAACAUUAUGGAGGGACAAAUCUUCUCGAAGUUUGAACUCUAGAUCGUUUGAAAUAUAAAGCCCUACCCCACCUCCAGUUCUAUUUUGCCUAUACUUGUGAAGAAAUUUGAAACCAUUAAUAUCGACCGAAUGAGCAGAAUCGUUUAGCCAGGUCUCAGAAAUUCCGAUUACAGAAAAUUUUAUGUUUAAGCAUGAUAGAUAGUCAGUCAGCUUUACUAAAUUAUGAGGAAGACUACGAAUAUUAAGAUGUAGGAAAGAGAAAUCGGCAUCAGAAUAAUUUUCGCGUCUGAGCAUUUCGUUAAAUUGAUUUUCAAUAAAAUAGUCGCAGGGUGUCUCAACUGCAUUAAAAUUAAUGUCAGGAUCAAGACUGCCAGACUGUGUCAAAGAAGCGUUUGAGUUUGAAAAAAUUGGAUUGUAACGUAAGCUAGAAAAUCUAUCGGGAUCAAAGUGAACAGGACCAUUCUGUAGUUCAUAUAGCGCCAGAGAAAAGCUAGAAUCAUCUAAAUGAUUAAAGGGCAGUACAUCUGAUAGCGAGUAUUGUGUCACUGUAAUAAACUUAUCUAAUUUAACCACUUAAAAGCGAUACAAAGUUAUAAGCUAAGUAGGUGUUGGAAAGGGGUUCCUUUUCUGUCAAAAAAAGUUCUAUAAGUAGGGUAAGGGGUUGGACCUCGGGGCAGAACCUCCCUGUAAAAAACGUUCUUGAGUACCCCUCCCCCCCACACCCCUUCGUAUUUAUAGCUAUGUCAACAAAGCUGUCUCUACUUAGCCAUCAGUCUCAGUAAGUCUUGGCAAUCUAAUGAAAAAUAAAUGAAACAUGUUACAUUGAAAGCAGCUUUUCUCUACAGACAUGUUCUGCAGGAUUCUCCUUUAUUUCAACUUACUGAGGAUGGACUUGGAGUUCUCUGGAAGAAGCCUUCAAAUAAUUGGAGCAGUGAAGAGAGUGAUGGUGACUGGGAUGCCUGUGCUGAUGAACAGGAAUUAAACAAAUCUGUUAAAUAUCAAAAAAUGGAAAAUGAGGAACCUGAAAAUUGGGAAACUGUUAAUGAUGACGAGGUUUGCACAACUUCUGCUGCUUUAGCUCCUUCAUUGCAGUCUGAGGUUUGUUGGGAGUUGCCAAAUGAUUGUUGUAAAUUCUGGAAUGGCAAAGACUGGAGUGAAGUUGAGGAGCAAGGGACUCAGGAAGAGGAAGAAGAAAGUGAUACACCCUUUCAUUCCGGAUAUAAUGUUAUUAUUGUCCAGGAAAGUGAUGAAUCGUUAAAUAAUGAUAGUGAUGAAAAUGAUUUUGAUGGUCUUGUUUGGAUGACAGAGAAAAGUAGCGUGUCAGAGUAAUAGAGAAGUGACAAAAAUGAAUAAAUACAGGGUUGUCAAAAAGUUUGAAGUAGACGGCUAAGUUGUCAAAGUAAGCGGCCAGUCCAGGGAUAUUUUAUUUAAAAAACGCCAUCUGUAAAGAAAUGCCAAGCAGAGUAGCUGGCCGACUACUAACCAAGUAGGCCGCGCUUUUCACUGGCAUCAUGGCAAUCCCUUAUUAAGCCCCCCUUUUCAGGGGAAGAAAGAUAUGAAGCCCUUCCCACUUUUUCUUAAACUAUAGACUUUAUCAAUUGAUCACAACUGUUUACACUUCAUAUAGACUGAUCCAGUAUGGUUUAUUUACAUGCUGGAAGAUUAGAUUCAUGACCUCCAACUUUAUGUGCCUGAGCUUGUCCACUUUGCAUUCUAAGUUUCUUUAUGGACAGUUGAUACCAUCAUCUUUGCUAAAUUAAAUAAGCCGUCCUCUUAAACCUGCUUGGAGUUAACUAAGUCCCCGGAACUUAAGAGAGGAUUUAUGGUGAAUAUGUAAAAUUUUAUACUGCCAUAGAAUAUCACAUCAGUUUGCCUUUCAACAUUUUCAGUCCUUAGAACGUGACUCAUUUCUUACCAUUGGGUACAGCAAAAUGGCCAGGGCCGAGUUGUUCAAAGCUGGGUUAAGAUAACCCAGGGUUAGUGCAAGAUUUGAAUUCAGAUUUGAAAGCUUAAAAAGCAUUUCAGUUUUAAUUGUUUUUGUCUACAAGUUGAUGAUUGGAAGCUCUAAAACUUAAUAGAAAAAAUUAUCCGAGAAAAUGCUUUUGAACGCAAGUAAAAGAAACCCAGGUUAAAUUUAACCUCGGGUUAAGCGCUAAUCGGCUUUCGAACAACUGGGCCCAGACUGGUAUUAAUUUUUUUUAAUGCACAAAGGAAAGCAUUAUAUUCAGUAUUUACAAACAAUAUUUGUAACCAAAAUAUACAUUUUCCCAUUCUUUUCUUGUUUUUAAUUUCCCCUAACAAUAUUUUCUUACUUACAUGUACAUAUCCAUGUUAAUAUUCUGAUUAAAUUUUUACAACUUACCGGUUAUUAUUGUAUUAACCCUUUCAGUGCUUAAUCGAUUAAUUGAGAGAAAAUUUGUCACUCCAUGUCCAAAAAAAUAAUACAAAAUAAUCAAACAUAUUUAUGUAAAAUAUAUAUGGCCCCGGUUGUUCAAAAAUUGGAUAGCGCUAUCCACCGGAUAAAUUGCUAUCCAGCGGAUAAGUAGUGUGAAAACCAAUUGCCUUAUCCACAGGAUAGUGAUUCAUCCAGUGGAUAGCGCUAUCCACCUUUUGAACAACCGGGGCAUG